UUUUAUAGAAUAUGAGAUGAAUCAAUUGCUGUAAAAAAAAGACAUUUGUUUUUGAAAAGAAGUUAAUGUAAUUUGUAACAUGUGACUACUUACUCUUUUGAAUAUGAUUAUAUAUGUAUUUUUUUCAUUAAUUGAUUUAUUAUACUGUGCAUAAAAAUGUUAAGGAAAGGUAAGAUAAUUUAAAAAUUAUCUUAUUUAAUAUUUUCCGAAAUACUUUAUAUUUUAUAUUAAAAUAAAGUUAUAUAAAAUAUUUUGUGAACUAUUGAUAUUUUUAACACUUCAGAUUUGACUAAUAGGAAUUGGCGCAGUAAUUAUUGCGCAAUAAUUUUUAUAAAAGAUUAAUUAUUGACAUUUUUUUGGUCCGUUACUGUCAUGCUGAAUAAUUAGAGAAAGUAUAUUAUAUAAGAAAUUGUUGAGAAUUCUAUUUAAAAAAAAAAUCGAUCUCCAUAUUUCUGUGUAUAUUGAAAAUAUUGCUACUACAUUACGUGCCUCUCUAUAAAACUUUGCAGCUUCAAUCUUUUUUCUUCGAAAUAACAGAUACGCAAGUGCACAAAUUAAAUACCAUCUUGUAUGUGUACAUAUAUAUCUAUAUAUAUACACAAGAUAUAUGUGCAUACAUGAUACGCGCAUGCACGUCCGCAUGUGUGUGUACGUGUGCGUGUGUGUAUAUGUUGGUAAUGUGUUCGUGAAUUUGAAUAAGAGAGACAGAAAAGUACAGAUGUAUUCUUCAAAAUUCACAAUUGCUUUCUUUUGAAAAGAAAAAUUGAAUUACAAUUACGUAAUGAUUUAAAGAAAUUAUAAUAUUUUAAAGUGAAAUUGCUUUACAGUAAAUUAUGAUUAUAAAAAAAUUAAUAUUUGUUAAUACAUCUCUGUCUUUAUGUACCCGGUUUGCUAUUUAAGUAACCGGUAAGGCGUAGAGCGAUUAUUAAAAUGGUAUCAUUUAAAAUCUUUGACGGGAAAGAUUGCUUGGUAAUUAAGUUUUCAUUUCAAUACAGAAUAAAAAGAACUUGAUUUGAAACUUCGAAACAAACACCUAUGUACUUUUCUUCUUAAUUUUCAUUUUAAACUUGUUUCACCUUAGACAGACGCGCAUACUGGUAAACAGACUUGAUUGAAAGAACGCAACUGAUCAUUCCGACAGAUACUGAUACGUAUGAAGGAAUAGAAACGUUUACAUUUUUCAGUCGUACAGAAAAACAUAAUGGAAAUCUAUAAAAAAAAAUUGUAUUACUUUAUACUUUAGAUCGAUCAUUAAUGUUAUUACCAUAUUACGUUAAUAAAGUAUAUUAAAUCAUAUAAAUCAUAUGUCAAUUAAUACUUGUGUUAGUUUUGUUAUUAAUACCAGAAUUAGGUGAUUGUACAUUAACAUUAUUUAAGAUGAAACUGUAUUUGCGAAAGGUUGAAUCUUUAUUUCUAACUUAUACUAACCAAAUGAAUAAAAAAAUGUGGGAGAUGAAUUGUAAUCAAUUAUAACGAAAUAGAUAAAGGUGAAAAUAAUUUGUAGUAAUUGAAUUUAUGAAUUGAAAUAAUAUUACCUAAAGAGAGAUUUUUAACGCAUAAAAGCAAAAUAAUUUCUGUAACUAUUGUAUUUCUCAAUGAUUUUAAUUUUGUUUAUGUAUUAUAUACGCAAAAUGUACAGGAUAUGUUAUGGCAUAACAUAAAUAUCUUGUACAUUUUGGAUUGCAUCGUUAGAAUGCAGAAUUUAUAUACCAAGUGAUUACACAUUUUGAAAAUUAAGUUCUAUGAAAAUGAUUAUAUUGUACGCGCGCGCACACGCACACACAUACCUACAUGUGAGAACAAGAAUGAAUUUAAUCCACCACAUGACAAUUUGCAUAAAUAUCUGAACUAACUUAAUUUUAAUAAAUCGUUUAAUAUUAACAAAUUUUGAUACAAAAAAUAUGCAGUAUAUUAUACAAGUUGUCCCUGAAAUAAAUGGACGAAUUGAGGGAACGUAUAUAUUCUUCAAUUAAUUUACAAUUGAUUUGUCUUCAGUAUUUUCUCACUUUUGCCAAAAGGAUCGUUCAGCUGUGCAAUAGUGUGAGUCAAUGUAUGUAGGUCUUCACUUUCACUCUUCAGCCAUUCGUGUUUAUAGCACUUGAUGUAAUCGCAUUCCGAUAUUUUGCGAUAUUAAGAAAAGUUGUUUUGUUGCCUCAGUCAGACGUCGCUACUACCGUCGGAUAGACCUAAACCUCGGUUAUUACAUAAAUGUAUAUAACGAAUAUUAAUUUCGAAAGAGAAUUCAAAAGUGGUAAUAUUUAUUUGAGAUCAAUCGUAUUGUGAAGAAAACAGGCACGUGUCAUUUUGAUCUACGGAUUUUACAUAUGUUAAUUGCCCAACAGGUUUUUUUAUCAGUUAAGAAUAUAUAACUUGUGCAAUUUAAAUACAGUCUAAUUUUAUAAAGACAUUAGCUAUGAACGAAUUAAAUUGCUCUUACGAGCGUUUAAAGUUCGACGAAGCCUGCGUAAAUGUGAUAUCUGACAAAGGAAAUUCUAAUAAGUGGCUCUAUUCGCUCUCUUCAGAUUGCUUAUCGUGUCCGUAUGAACGAAUAGCGCAGAUUUCAAGCAAUAUUAAUUUAAAAUUCAGUACGAUAAAAACAUUAAAAUGGAGAGUAUUAAAUAAUAACGGAAAUAAGGAAUAUGUAUCUACUAAAAAUACAAGCAAUAUUGUUUGCGAACUGACGCCAAAUCUAGGGCAAUAUGGUUUAUACGAAUUGGAGGUACAAAACAACACUUGUAACUUUAGGACAACGAAAAAUCCAACAUAUCCAUACACAGAACUUUUUAUUGCUUUGGGAGUAAUUGUAUGUAUCUUAAGUGGUAUAUCUGCUGGAAGAUCUUUAUGGUACAUAUUUAAAAGACGAUGCGUUAAAAACGCCAAGGAUGAAUCGAAUAAUAAAAUAUCAACGAAACGUCGCAUAAAAGCAAUCGAUACAUUCAGAGGGGUCAGUACUCUCUUCAUGAUUUUUGUUAAUGAUGGUUCCGGUAGUUAUACCAUAUUGGAACACACAACUUGGAAUGGCAUGUUACUAGGAGAUCUAGUAUUUCCUUGUUUUAUAUGGAUCAUGGGUGUUUGCAUUCCCAUAGCUUUGUCGGCGCAGUUGAAGCGCGGCGUUUCCAAGCGUCAAAUCGGUUAUUCUAUUUUAAAGAGAAGUUUCCUACUGUUUCUGAUAGGCGUUGCGCUGAAUACAUUAGGAACAGACGCGCAGUUGGAAAACAUACGAAUAUUUGGAGUUCUUCAACGAUUCGGAGUUACUUAUCUAGUCGUUGGUCUAGUGUAUCUUUGCUUUCCGCCCCAACAGUCAAAAACUCUUCAGAAAUCCUCGUCAAUUUGGAUAAUACGCGAAAUGCAAGACAUAUUAAGUCUCUUACCACACUGGUCCGUAAUGCUGAUUUUAGUAAUUGUACACUGCGCCUUAACGUUUAGUCUUCCAAUCCCCGGAUGUCCCGCCGGGUAUCUUGGACCAGGCGGAAGGCACGAAGAUGGUGCGUAUUUUAACUGUACCGGAGGUGCGGCUGGAUAUAUUGAUAGAACUGUACUGACUUUAAAUCAUAUUUAUCAAAGGCCAGCUAUUAAAUCUGUUUAUGGAUCCGGUCCUUUUGAUCCGGAAGGAAUUUUAGGAUGUCUCACAGCAAUAUUUCAAGUAUUUCUAGGCGUGCAUACUGGUAUAAUUCUAAUGAUGUAUAAAGAUUGGAAAGGACGUGUCGUCAGAUGGCUUUUGUGGGCAGCAUUUUAUGGUUGCUUGGGCUGUGCCUUUCAUUUUACCAACACUAUACCGGUCAAUAAAAAUUUGUGGUCUUUGUCAUUUGUAUUCGUUUCAACAUCUUUUGCUCUGGCUUUCCUUUCUGGCUGUUACUUGUUGAUUGACGUCACUCAAGUUUGGCGAGGUGGUCCCUUCAGAAUACCCGGCAUGAAUGCAUUGGUGUUAUAUGUGGGUCAUAAUAUGUGUUACCAAAUCUUUCCAUUCCACUGGAGGAUCGGUGCCAUGGACAGCCGUAUUUUAUGUUUAAUUGAAUCAAUUUGGGUAGUAAUUCUCUGGGCGAUUAUUGCAUAUAUUAUGCAUCGUAAACGAACAUACAUCACACUCUGAAUUACAUCUAUACGUAAUGUAAUUCCAAUUUAGUUUACGUAUAAACGAUACAGACUGUUACUGUAUUUAUGAGAUUAAAAAUUAUACACAUGUUAAAGAUAAAUAAUUACACAUAAGACAAUAAUGCAGGAACAUGUUUACAAUAAAGCAAAACUUAAAUUUAAUUAAUAAUAAACUAUUAAUUCAAUAAUACGUACGUUUCCUAUAUAAAAAUGACCUGUAUAAAAUCCUAUAUAAAAUUGACCACAUUGUACUUUCGAGGAUAAUUAGAUAGUUUUUAUUAGCAUUAUCAAUUUUAUAAAUAAUUUAUUUUACAACUUGGAUAAGUAAUACAGUGAUAGAGUCAGGUAACAAGAUUAACAAAUAUACGCAUGUAUACACAUA